AUGAAUUUAAAACCAACUAAUGAAUAUAAACGACAACGUCUUGACAAAGAUGAUAGAAGAAAUGAACUUCCAAUAUGGUUAAAAUUAACAAAUGAAAAAUUUCGAGAAUUAUUUCGAAAGAUAUCUUCUUCUCUAUCAACAACAACAACAAUAACCGUUGAGGAAUUACAACAAUUAGUUCUCAAGAUGUAUCAAGAUCGAAAAUAUCUUCAUGAAAAACAACUUUGGUCAACAUUAUUAAAAAUAAUCGAACAUGGUUUACAUCGAUGGCCUAUGAUGUUAAAACAAGUGAUUCUAUCCAUGAAUAUAGUUCGUAAUCAAUCGAUCGAAUAUUUAACUGACGAAAUGUAUUCCGAUGUGGUUCGAAUUUAUUUACAAAAACCUAUUAUUGAACAAAUCGUACAACAUGAAACAAUUGUUGAAAAUAUGUUAGAAAAAUAUGUCGAUGAUCAUUUUCAUUUCUUAGAUUAUGCUUAUGAUAAUGAUGAUGAUGAACAACUAAAUCAUAAUACAAACCAAAUCGAUAUGAUUGAACGUCUUGUCAGUCGAAAAUAUGAAUUAGAUCUAUGGAAAGAAGAAAUUCAACAUUUGAAAAAUUAUGAAAAACAAAAUCAAUGGCCAUCUUUAUUUGAUUACAUCAAUGUUGGUUUACCAUCAUUCAUAGAAACGAUUACAGAUCAUGUUGUUCGAAAGCAACUCAUUGAUCAGCAUCGUCAAAUACUUCAUGAAUAUAAAAGUCAACUACUUACCUUAUUGAUUGGUAUGUCUGAAGUAAAUUGUUCAAAAUUACAAAAUUUAUUCAAUUCUGAUAUGGUUCUAUUUUGGAAACAUGAACAUUCAUUACCUAUUGAAGAACGAUUAUCGGAAACGAUAUUAAAAUCAUUUGAUCAGCGUUUGAAUAUGAUGACACAAAAAGUACAUAACAUCUAUUGUUAUUAUUAUCAUCAAAAAUAA